AUGGUAUCCACGGCAGGCGCAAUCGUCAUCGCCAUCGUUGUGCUGCUCGUCAUAGCGGCCGCCGCCUGGCUCGUCUUUGCCCACCUGCGCGCACGCAAGCUCGGCCUGCCGCCCCCCAGCCUAUCGUCGUAUCUUCCCUGGCGCCAACGAGACAACCCAUUUGGCCCGCCGCGACCUGCCCCCGGCGGCGUCGUCGGCUGGCUCAACGACCAGAUGCGCAAGUUCAAGGACCGCAACAACCGCUCCGCCGGCGGCGCCUACGAGCAGCCCCUUCAAGGCGGCGCAGGCCGCGGGCGCCACGGCUUCGGGGCCCUUGACCCGGACGAAGCAUGGGAUGCGCGCGUGGGCCACGAGGCCGACGGCUACGGCUACUACGAGGAGCAGGAGCUCAGCGGCACUGGUCGUGGCCGUAGCACAGAGUACGCCGGCGGCGGGGGCUACAACUCAAACCUCGCCGCGACGCCAGCUGCCGGCUACGACGUCGAGGCCAGCAGGGGCCGCCCGCCAACGCGCAGUCCCGGCGGGCAACGGAAUCCGUUUGACGACGACGCUGAGAUAGGUCUCCGAGGAAUGAGCCCCCGACCCAUCGACACGACUACGGCACAGAAGCACAAGUCCAAGAAAGACCCCGAUAGUGGCGGGAGCAGCCCGGCGGAGAGGAGAUCGGUCUUUCGAGAAAACGUAUGA